GCAGGGAGCUUGCUCUUUGGAGCAUGCAAGAAAUCAACCAAAUCUCAUCUCCGAAAACGAGCCUGCUGGAGCAGAAAUACAAAGCAGCGCCGUCCUGGAAUCAGGAAAUUCUUUCCCUCAGCCUUCUGAGAAUCGCUUCGCAGCAGCUAGGAAGGAAGAGGCGAAAAAAACCAUGGCGUCAACCAUAUGUGAGGAUCAAAGCCGAGCUCGAAGAUGGCUGGCUCCCACAAUUUACGAAUUGAAGGACUCGACGCUGGCAGCGAGGACUCCGUGUGCAAGUUGGACAACCAAUUGAUGAUUUGGGACACGGGCGCCCGUUCAACUGUCAUUACAGAUGAUCUGUUCCCGCAAGAAUUCCGUGACUUUUUGAAGGAGGAACAAACAUGAUCCGUAUCGUUCAUUGGACAGGCUCCAUGUGCAGAUCCAGUCCGU